UGUGGUGAAACUAGCCACGGGAUGGCAGAAUGCAAGAUAAAUGAAAGAAUCGAAAAAUGGUUGUUUGUUGACAAUGGAGACCUUGUUGAGGAUCAGACUGAUGACUUUGAACAAGAUCCCAUGUUUGAUGAAAUUGAUGACAGUCAAUUCCGAGAAGAGUAUGUGACAGAUAGUGUUUUAAAACCCAGCCCAGCUCGGCGGGUUGACAUGGUGAAUCGAUGA